GCUCUUCUUCUUCCCCGACCCCCCUUACACCGAACAAGGAAGCCCAGCCAUUGACGCCCCCUUGCUAAAAAAAAUCGAAUUUCCAGAUUUGCUUUGUUCUUCCUCCUCUGCCGCCAGUUGCUGCUGGGUGUGAAUUUCGAUUUUUCCUGAUUUCUUGAUUUUUCCUUCCAUGCCCAUCGGCCUCCCCCAAACCCGCCAGCUUCGGUUUGCUUGCUAGAAAUUCUGGCUCUUGAUCCUUGGGGCAUUUUAGUACGUGGAUUGAGUCUUCGGUUUUAUGCGAGUGAGGAGGUUUAUAAACGCUAGCACAUGUCGGCAUAUUAUUGAUAGAAUCGGUUCGUUUCUGUUAUACUGUUAUCCUGCUAGUGGGAUUAUAUAAUAGUAAAUCGUGUGCCUGCCAGUGGGAGGGUUAUAACAUUGGCCAUGACCUAUAGAGGAGACGUCUAUUUCAUUUCCGUACUCGUACUUGUUUUUCGUGAUUAUACUUGUUGGUAUGCUAUAAGUUUAAUUAAGGGCUAUCCAUAUUUACUUAUUGAAUUAUCUCAUAGUUUUUCCUUGUUUACCAUUUUAGGAAGCGAAGUCAAGGACGAGGAAAAACGAGGGGAGUGACGAGUUAGAAGGCUAGCCAUCUUGUAAAUUGAACAUAGAUUUAGAUAUAAAUCAUGAUCUUGUAAGCUAGACUUUAUUUGGAGAUUUUAUGAUAUGAGAGCAAAUUUUAUAAUUUUAUCUUCAGAUUGAGUGGCAUCAAAUUAUGGUAUGAUAAAUUCCGAGCCUUAUG